UUUCUCCUUGCCACGAAUUUCUGGCGGUGGGGGUGGUCCCACGUUGGCUCAUCCGUUCAUCGUGCUUUAAUACUUGUGAGGUUAUGUUGUGGUCAAUUAUUAUCUAUAAACAUCUCCACAAACAGCAGUGCAGAAAUAAAUAAAUUAACUUAGGAUAUACAGAUAGAAUUACUUUUCAGCAGUUCAUUUAUGAGGAAAAAAAUCAUAUAGCUAUGGCUGAUGCAAAGCUGUUGGCUUUGCCACAAAAAAAAUAUUACCGACAACGAGCACACGCGAAUCCCAUAGCAGAUCAUUGCAUCGACUACCCAAUCAAGCCAGAAUUGUUUGACUGGAGCACAUUAUAUCCACCGGACACAAAUGACAAAUUAGAUGAUGAAAACACAUCAGUUUCAUCAAGACACGUGGAAUUCGCAGACAUUGGAUGUGGCUAUGGUGGAUUACUCGUGACAUUAUCUCAAAUGUUCCCAAAAACCCUGAUAUUGGGAAUGGAAAUUAGAUUAAAAGUUUCUGAUUACGUGAUGGAUCGUAUUGCGGCACUGAGGUCUCAAUAUCCUGGAGAGUACAACAACAUCGCGUGUUUGAGGACGAAUGCUAUGAAGUAUUUGCCUAACUACUUCAGAAAAGGACAGCUGAAGAAGAUAUUCUUCCUUUAUCCAGAUCCACACUUCAAGAAGGCAAAACACAAAUGGCGGAUAAUUAAUAAAACUCUGCUGGCUGAGUACGCCUAUGUAUUAGCUGAACAAGCACUAGUUUAUACAGUAACAGAUGUUAAAAAUCUACAUGAGUGGAUGGUUCAUCAUUUUGUUGAACACCCUUUAUUUGAGAGGAUUUCUGAUGAUGAGGCAAAUGCAGAUCCUAUUGUACCAAAACUCUAUGAAAGUACUGAAGAGGGGCAGAAAGUUACCAGAAACAAGGGUGACAAAUUUCUUGCUGUUUUUCGACGAAUUGGGGAUCCUUACAAGGCUCAAAAAAAGGUGUGCUGAUUCGUUGGCCAUCGUUCCAGUCGCUCUUUUUUAUGAAUUUAUGAACUAAAAUUCAUCAGAGUAUGGGAGAAUGGAAUAAAAAUUUAUAUAAUUUAAUUCUGCGUUGUUGACUAAUUUCUCAUGUUUUUUUUCUUCCUUUUUGAUGUUGCAGU